AUGAUCGACGACUGGAUCUUGCUGAGAAUCGAAUUGACAUCGGUGGUUGUUAUGGUUUUCCUAGGUGAUAUCGGUGACGUCAUCUCUGAACGUUUCGCCGCCCCAACUUCCCAAUUCGGCCUCAUCCGGUCUUUCGAUUGUAUCUCGGUCAAUUCGUCUCUGUCGCAGAGUUACGUGUUAAUCUCGUUAAAGCUUGCUUUUUUUCAUUCAAUAUCAUGUUUUUUUUUCGAUACCUAUGAAUGAAUGAGGUUUUCUAGAAAAAGAUUCAAGUUUUUUUCUCAAAAAAAUUUUUUUGCCGCAUACCAUUUCUGAUUUUAAUUCAAUCUCAACUGAAUCCAAGAGGAAAAAUCUUAAAAAAAUUAAAAAAAUUUCCGAUUUCAAAAGCCGUGAAUUCUACUUUCUUUGUAAAGCGUACCAUUCUUUCCAAAAACAAACAACCUACGCCUUUUUUUCAUAAAUCUAUAAAUGACUCACCAUGCUGUUCCAUUGUUGGGACGUUCUUCCAAAAAAUUUUGAUGUGCUCAGAUUUUUUUUUUGAAUUCGGUCUAAAUUUUUCUGUAUAAUACAGAUUGUAUUUUUUUAAAAAAAGUUUCUUCUCAAUUUUUCGAGAAUUUUACAGCAUUAUAAAAAAACGAUUUAAUGCAUUCUUUGUCGUGUUUUCCAACGAAAUUCCCUACGGAAACUUGGCGUCCUCCCAUUUCAAUUCCAUUCGAUCAUGACUGCUUUUUGAAAGAAAAGUCGAUAAUAUUUAAAAUGAAAUUUCUUUCUCAAUUAGCUCUUUUCUUUCGUCAUUCAAAAGAACAGAGUAUUCUCUAUAUUUGUAUUUCUACUUCGCAGGCAUUUUUAAGCCCCUGAAAACUGGAAUUUCGAAGAGCGGUUUUUUCGUCAUUCCUCUCUUUUGUACCCUCAACAUUUCGGAAAAAAAUAAAACAAAAAAAUUUUUUUAUUUAAGUGACUUUUUUUCAAUUAUAUUCUUCUUUUUCGAAUGACAGUUGUUUUUCUUCAUGCAGAAAAAAAAGAAAAAGAAAAGUGAAUCUUGUUCACAACCUUCAAUUUAUAACCAAAAUAUUCCGAGGGUAAAUUCGAUGAAUAUAUUUUACAGAAAUUUAAUUUUCAAAAUAAUUCUGAUCAUUUCUAGUGCACUUGUGAGUAGGAACCCCGUAGAAAAGUUUGACCGCUUUUUGUGGAAACCAGCAAGAAAAAAAAUUUUCCUCAUCUCAAACCGAUUGUAAUGAUGGGAAAGAGACAGCGUUGGCACAGCGGAGAAAAGUUCGGAACGAAAAACAGAGCCGAGUGUAAAGCGGCCAGAAAACGCCCUCAGGCAAACGGCUCGGUCCAGGCGGUGUCCGAUUCUCGCUGCUAUUUUGACUCGGCUCAUUUGUCCCAAAACGGCGCUAUGAGCUAUUUGUCCCCGCUGCCGCACUACUCGACGCCCAGGUAGGACCAGUCAAGGCGUCCUGUCCUUUGAGCUUUCUCGAUUUUUGCGCCAGUGUAAAGUUGAGCGACCAGAGAGACGCUUUUCGAUCGAGCUUCUUUGCUUUUCAACAUUACACUUUACAUGUCUUGUACAACUUCUAUGUAUUUUUUCUGUAAUUUUUUUUGAAUCAGUUGAGCUCAUAAAUCACGAAAAGAAGUAGGGUUAUCAUGUGCUUUUUGAUGUACUGGGAACUGAAAUCGUACCUAACUGCUCAAAUAUUUAAUUCUGAUUAUAUAAAACUUGAGUUGUCAGGCUGCUGAAGCCUAAUCACGUUCGAUGUUUUCGAAAAUUUUGAAAUAUCCAUUCGCCAAACUCUCAAACGCUCUUAUUUGUCUGCACUAUCUUCUCUCUCAGCAGCAUCACGAGCUUUUUUCUUGUUUCUAUGAACUUACCGAUAAUGAAAUAAAAAGCGCAGAUCGGUUGGUUGCCUCCGAGUCGUGUAGAAAAAAAACUUCUAUUCAAAGCGACUUUUUUGCUGGUUCUUAGUGCAUCGAUCUUUGAGACACAAUACGCUAGUUUUUUAAUCAAAAACCGUUUUUCAACAGCAAAUUUUAAUACAGGCCGCUUCUUUUCAGAUAGAAUUCUGCCAAUCUCGUCUCUUUUUGACCUUCCCGAUUCAGACUCACUCGCGCGCGUUCCUGGGUCGGCGUGAACGACUACGCGUUGACCGAAGCAGAAGCAUGGGACCACCGCCCCCGCCUCCUCCACCCCCUCUACAGCCAGCCGUCAGUUGAAACCGACUCGUAAACUUUCUAAGUGACCUCUUUAGGCAGCGGUACUAUCACCUCGCAAAUGGAAGACAGAGGAUGCACCAAGACGUAACCACAAUCCCACACCUCGUGAGAAUUCUUUCAUUCCAUUCUUUUUCUUGCAUUUUCACAGGAUGAAAGCGAUCGCUUCUGAUUCGACCGAAGCUGACGCUAUCAAAAAUUUCGGCCUUGCAAAAUCAGAUCUUGAAAUUUUUCUUUAUACACUGUCAAAACAUUUUCAACUUAAUUGAAAACAGAUAUUUUUAUUACAAAGUCAGAAAAACUUUUCGACUUCCAGUUUUCUUUAAGUUCAAAAUUUGAAUAGUAUGGAUACGAUUAAAUGGGAACUGUCGAAUAUGAUUAAACAUCAUAAGUAUGAAUCCAGAAAAAAAAUCAAAUUAAGUGGGCUCAACGCAGAAGUUUAGUACAACUAAAAAAAUAAUGGAGCUAAACCAAACUUCGAUUGAACACGUGUUUCAGAAGAUAAACCGCUUCUGAACAUUUUUAUCAAUGAUGUAUCUGAAAAAAAGUUUAAUCAAUGCACUUUUGAAUUCCAGCGUCGUCCCAUCCGACCCGCCCAACAGUGGACGCUUCGGCAUUACAGGUUUGUUGUGAACGAGAUAGGGAGUUGACCUUGAAGAUUCAUUUUUAGUUAAUCAUAAAAAAAGGUUUUUGAUUGUUGAAGAGACAUUUUAACGAACCUCAAAAGAGCAGAUUUGCGGAAUAAGAAGGCUUUACAGCACGCAGCCGCUCGUCUACGUAAGACCGGCUACAACGAACAGAUUCGAGGUGACGUCACGGAUCUACCCGAUGGACGAGUGGACAGACCGAAUCAGCAACUGUCUGGACGAGAUCGGCCGAACGGCGAGAAGCUCGGCCAGCUGGAACGCCAUCAAGCCCGAGAACAGGUGCGGCUCAGGCAUUGCUUGAGAAGUUUUCUUCUCAACUUGAAAAGCUGGAAAAAAGCUCACGAAACUGUUUUUGAAUUGUUGACUGUAAAAAUAGGCUCCCCUACGAUUUUUCGGAGAUCCCUUUCAAUACGUUCAUAGGAGGAAUAGUCCCGAACAAAUCUUUUUAACAAAAACUUUUGAGAAAAGAACUUGUAGGCGCCAAAAAAAAACUGAGCUACUCUUGAGAAAAUUUGAAUGUUUUUGCUUGGUGCUACAAUUGAAGAAGUUAUAGAAUAUUAAAUAAAAAAACUAAUUGAUGAACGCUCGCCAGGCUCUCACUUCCAAUAAAAAAAGUGAAUUUAUUUUUUUAUGGUUAUAUGGUGAUAAUUCCUCACCAAAAAGAAGGAAAAAAAUGAAGUUCUGACAGGAUUUUUUUUUGAUCUUCUGAUUUUAUGGAAGAGAUGACAAAAAAGCGUCAAAAUUUGUCUGAAAAUGUUUGAGAUAUGUCAAUUUUCUGUCGAAGCGAGCGACUUCAGAUUCCUUCUGCGCCCUCUGGUUCCGUGCACUCUCGUCAGGUCGGCCACCUACAUCGACCAACCGAUCCGUUAAACCUUUCGCGAGACCCACAGGCUCGUCCUCUUUUCCUUCUUCCGACUCCCAAAUAUUUCUUUCAGAGUUCAACUUCUAUUCAAAAUCGUGCUCCAGCCAAUCAAUCUUCAAUUUAUUCUCAUUCUAAUGAAUCAAUUAAUUCUUACUCAUCGCCAUAUUCAUCGUCCAUUUCGAAUAUUUCCCCUGUUUUACCGACCAUCAAGCCAACAACAUCAACCUCCACGAGCUACCGUUUCACUUCGACUUCGAACGACGAUUCUGCGCCGGCGAAAAAUUUCCACUAUCCCAAUAACAUCAAUAGCAACAAAAACAACAACAACACGGUCAAGAAGUACGGAAACACCACCCAGACAGUUCUCGAGUGGAGCGAACCCUACAAGCCCAGGUUAUUUUUAUUUUUAGAUUUCCAAAAUUGUUACAGUCAUCGGAAUGUAUCAUGUUUGGAUUAUUUCACGUCUCUUUUAGAAGUAAUCGAAGAGUAUCUAAGUAAGAUUGAUCAACAGAUUUUUUUAAAGAAAGAAGACACCUAGAUUUAUUCCAAAAAAAUUAUACAAUGUCGAGAAAUUUGUCCGGAUGUCUCACAUUUGCACUCACAAAAUGACUUAAUAAAAAGAACUCUCCAAAAACAUUUUUAAUCAAAAAACGAAAAGCUCCAACGAUAAAAGGCUGAAGCCAAUGAAAAAGAUUUACUAGCGAGAGGAGGUGAUUGGAGAGAAUUCAUGUCCUUUUCCAAGAUGAUUUUGAGAAGAUAUACUUUCAAUGCUUUCACAACCUUCAUAAAACCUUUUGAAGUUUUUCUUUUUUCAAAUGUUUAACUUCCAUUUAACAGCUUGACAAGAAUAACUGUGCUAACUUUUGACUCAUUUAAAAAAUUUCAGAGGUGUUAAAAUGCAAUUUCUGAAGCUGCUUUUUACAGAACAUCGUCCUCGCCGAUUCUGAACCCUCAAGAGCUUAUCCGAAACUUCGCCACGAGUAAUUUUGUGGUGGAAGAAGGGGAGACGAGGAAAGCCGCGCCACAGUCUCGCGAGGCGGCCCGCUCGUUCAUCUCCAACUCGCUGGCCAAGCAGUUGCGAGACGAAGGACUCACGCCCUCGCAGAAGUACGCCAAUCAGUUCCAGAAGUCGCAACUCAGCGCCGUCGACACCCGGGUCGCUAGCGGACUUCCCUUCGACGCCGGCCGCAUCGUUGCCGUUCGUCUUUCCCAUUAUUCCUUUGAAAAAUGAGAGCCACUUGACUUCAGAAUGUUUAUUAGGGUGUUGAAAGCGCCUUGAACAACUAUUGCACGAGGCAAAAGAGUCUCAAAGCUUCUGGGAAACGAGUAACUUGAGUUGUGGGUGCGAAAAAAGGAUGGGAAUUUCUUUUUUGCUUCGUGUGCCGUGGGACAUCGAUUGGUGCCCAGGAGCGCAGAAACCACAAGAAAAGCUUAUACCUUGUUUGUCAGGUCAAUGAACUUGUCAAUUCUUUUUUUUCUCUAAGUUCUUAUGGCUUCAUUUCGUUACUUCACCGAAAAAAUUUCAAUAUUCAAAGAAAAACCAACUAAAUUUUCACUUGCGAACGACCUUCUAAUUCACAAGAGCUCAUAUUACUUGUUUCAAUGCUCAAUGAUUGCCGUUCUGCGAACUUGAAAACUUGUGUUCGUAGAGCAUGAAAAUUCUUCCACGUAUGUUUUGGAGAGCAAAAAAAGGAAGAGCGAUUCGUCAGCCGCAUUUCAUUUUGGACAGCUUUUUCAUGCAAAGAAAAACAUGUAAAAAAGGAGAAAUUGACAUUUUUAUGUCUUGUCUUAUAAUUUUUGCUCCAUCGUAACGUCCGAGCGCCAGUGAGCGACCACUCGCAAAAAAAAAAUAGGCUCUUUUUCUUACUUAACAGUUUAAAAAAACGUUUGCGUUCUUAAUUCUAACAUUAUCAAGAAAUAACGGCUUUGGACGCAAGUUUGCUUUUUUUCUUUUUACUUGCUUUUUUUUCAAGUUCCAAUCUUACUUUAUGUUUUUAGAUUGAAGAGGGGAGUUUAGCAUUUUCAGCCUCGCUGAGAAAUCGCUCCUUACAAAAAAAAGGUUCACCAGAAUAAUAAUGCGACUAAGAGAAAAAUAAAACUUGAAAGUUUUCAUUUUAACUUUUGGUUUCAAAAAAUAUUUUAUGGAAAAAGGAAAUAGUUUCAAACCCGUGAAAAAAUUAGUUUACAAACAGCUGAAGCGAAGAAGCUUAGAACAGAUCAGUUGCAGGACUCGUACAACGGAGAUGAAGUGGAUCAUCUGGUGCACCAGAUGAGAAACGAUCUUCACGGCGUCUCUACGAAUCCAGGCGGAGACUUUGGACGACGUCCCCUCAACGACCUCUCCGACUCUUCUUACCAAAAGAACACCUUCACCAGGACUACCACCAGUGGCUUCAUGAAUUCCAGUAAGUUUCAAUUGAUAAAAAAGUUGAAAAAAUCGAGGAAGUGAGGAAAUCGUUAGCUUCAUUACAUCCUGUAUGUAAUAAAAAAUCGAAGUUUUGUGUUGACUUGAAAUCAAAAGGAAGACAGAACUGUUGAUCAGCCAUUCAGAAAGAAAUUUUUUUCAUAGAGUCUUCAGGUAAUGACUUCACAAAUAUUGAGUUUUGAUCGUUCCUCAAAAGGGCUGUCUUUUAGCUAUCAAUAUCAAUAUUUAUUGGUUGUUUUAGUCAGAUGGAAUCGACUAGGCGGUGAAAAAAUUUGCUCUUUUUAGCGGCACUAACACCGCCUUUGGCGAAAAAGAAGUCAAAACGUGAAGUCGAUUGAAUUGAAAGCAUGAUCUUACGGUCCUUCUCCUCGCUCUUCCACAAGUAGAUCCCUCAGUUUCGCGGGUACGGGCACGGCGAUGAUGGUGGGGCUCGGGCACGGACACCGUGUACACUCUAGGGUAGCCUCGGCCGAUUGAGAGAGCUACCACUUCGAGUGAAGAAAAUACACGGCUAUCGCUUUAAAAUGGUCAAUAAUUGGGCUGAAUAUAUGGAAGUCGUGAUACCUUUCUUUGAAGCUAUAAAAUUAAAAGAGUUUUUCGGCAAAGUUCCAAAAAUCUCCAAUAUCAAUCAAUUCAAUUCAAUUCAUAUCAAUUUAUUCAGUCUUCAGAGUAAGUUGAAGAAAAUCUCUGCUGAAUCAUGGUAUAAUCGAAGAGUUAGUCGUCGGCGCGGGUGACGGUCCACAAUCGUUGUCCAAUACGUCCCGGAGUGACAGCUAGCGUUGGGAAAUAAUGUUGGCCCGUUGGUAGUACCAGCGAAUAAACUACUUCACCAUGUUGGAACAGUACAGCGCCCAGCUUGUCCAGGGCUGACGGGCGUCGGAAUAUUAUCCCAUGAGAGAGCGGCAAAGAGACCGACCAGUCGACGUGAUGAAAUGAGAUAAUAAUAAUAAAAUCUCCAAUGCACAACUUAAAAUAACAUUCCUUGAGAAAAAUGGGAGACCUCGGCGAGACUCGAACCAAUGAACAUGCCUGCUUCAGAAGUACUUUCCGAUAGUUGUGCUACGCUGAGUUUGAGGAUAGAAUUUCAAAAAGGAAGAUGCUGUUUGUUGAUGAAUUUUUUCGAGUCCCAAUUGGCUUGUGAUCAUGACUCAAAGUUGAGACGGCGGCAGUUCCUUCUGAUCCCCAAAGCCAAAAAAAGGAAACGGCCAACUCGCGUUCGUUAUGCAUUCAUUGUGCGUGGAGCGUCUCGCCAGAAAGCGAGUCGGAAUUGGAUGGAACCACCGAAAGAACGCUUCGAUCCCCUCUGAACUUCUUUCCGUCGUCUUCUCCACUUUAUCGAUGUCUAUAUCAAAGCGUUUCGUUUCCUCUGCUACCACUUGCCAUAUUUUUCACAGAAGCAAUCUUUCAAAACUGAUCGGAUGUCUAUAGUGUGAUUAGAUUUAAAUUGUCACGUUUUGUAUAUUUCUCUUUUGCGAGCUGUUUUUAUUGGGUCACUCUGUCUUCAGAAAGGCAUUGAGCCAAUAAGAGACGUAAUUUACUAAUUCCUUUUUUGCGAUCCCCAGUGAUAAUUUUUGUGAGCUCAAAAACUGGCAUCUGUAUGUGUCUAGGGAUACGAAGCCAGGAUAAUUUACUUUUUGAUUUUUUCCCUGAAAGCCUUGUUUUGGAAUUCUGCGUUUUUUGAAAAAGGUAUUUUUACUUAACAUUUUAAUUCAUGUGGUUUCGGUCCAAAAAAUUUUUUACAAGGGUUUAAUUAAAGUAUUUUCCUACUUUUCGAAAAACGAAAACUUAUUGCUGCCUUCAAAAAAUGAUUCGCCCAAGCUUCAAAUAGAAGCACUUCUAAGUAUACACAACAAUGAGGAUAACUAGACGUGUUGGUUGUAGAUUAGACACUUUUUCUCUGUCAGAAUCGAAAGUUUCCUGUCUAUCACGCCAGUUGAAGUAAGCCGGAAAGAAAGCUGAACCCAUGUGUAGCUGACCGUCUGCGCAUGAAAAAGGGACGAUAAUACGUCGUGCUCAAUAGGUACAAAUCUAAUUCUCAUUUCGAGACCGAGAAAUGUUGCGGAUGUUCUUAGAAAACAAAAAAAGCUGUUGGAAGUGUUAGGAAGAGGUGCUGUGUGAUCGAUUCAAGAAAAUCCGAAAAACAGAGGCCGCGACAGUUGGCGCCGAGCAGCCGCCGUGGGCGUACGCCGCCCUUUUGUCUUCAGAGUUAGAAAUUAAUCAUAGUCGUUGGCCGGAAAGGAGUUCGAUCUGAACUUCAAAAAGAAGCAGAGUUCUUUGAUCGAAAAUAUCUUUCUCGGUCAAAAAAAUGGUUUUCUUUGACUCUAAAUUGCUUAUUUUUUCCAAUAGUUUUCGAUCUUACGCUCAUUUUCUGCAAACUGUUUGCUUUUUUGGGUAGAAUGAGGCGGGCCGACUCCGCCUUUUUUUUUGUUGCCCCCACGUUCCACCUAGAAAUAGCAGUGAAAAAGAAGGAGCACAGAUAACGCUAUUUCCCAGAGGCUCCAGCCUUCGGCAGGAAGUUUCCGUUUUUCUUUUCUCUCCUUCUUUUCCCCGCGGCUUUCUAUUUGUUCUCGAUUUUUUUUUGUUGUCGUGAUAUACAUACAUACGUGACCCUCGGCGCUCAAAAAUUUUCUUUUUGUUUCAUUUCCAACGAGUUUUAGCGCCGCUUUUACCGAGUCGACGACUGCCUGAUCGAUCAUGGCCGAACAGGAAGGUUACAAAAGUUUUUUCUGAAGUUCAGUUGAUAGUCGGUGGAGAGCCAUCUUUAGAACUUUCGAUUCCCGUUUCCCUUUGAUAACAGCGUCGUCACAAUCAGCGGGGUUAAAACGUUCUGUUGACUGCACUCUUGUCGGAAAUAAGCUCUUUUCAACGGAUUUUCUGAAAUCACCUGAAAAGAAACAGCACCAGCAAAAAUUGUAAUGUGUUUGCCGAAAUCCUCCAACGAAUUCGUCAUUUGAAGGGAGUUCUUCAACCUCAUCAACUCUCUAGUUGAGCUUUUCUUAAUUCCAUCCUCCCCUUGUUUUCUAACCCACUGCAGUCUAGUUGCUCUAAAUUUUGGCGCAUCCCUGACCACAUGACGGAUUUUUUCCGUUGUUUGUGCGGGAGUCAAGCCAAUUUGAUGGCUUCACGAGAUCACAUUAGAAAGAUUCUGAAUUUCCAUGGUCGCUUGAAUUUCGUUAGACCUAAUUUAUGGCACCAUGACCAAUUGUGACGAUUCAUUUCAGCUGCUUCAUUCAUUUUUGGCAAAAUAGGGCUUCUUUUUGACGUUUUCAGUUGGAAAUGUGUGUUUUGCCAAGACGGAUCAACAAAUGUUUACUAUGUAAUAAACACAUACACACUCCAAAUUAUGUAUAGCUCUUUUCGAAACAGAAGAGAACCAGGUUGAAAAUGAACUUCAACCCAAAAAAACAAAAAAAUGUUUUUUGUUUUUUGCCAAAUUUAAUUGUUUCUCGUGGCUGUGCGCAUUGAUAUUCUUGAGGCGAGAAAUUUGUUUUUACAUCGCGGCAAAAAAAGAAAAGCUGAUAAAAAUUAGUUUUAUGUGCGCAGCCAUUCAAUAGAAAUAGAAAAAACAAAUAUCAAUAUAUUCUUUCAUCUCUUCAAUGAAAAGAAAAAGCAAAAAAAUCUUUCUUUCAGAUAUUUGUGUCGCCUGCCGUGGCGAGAUCACUUCUGACCAGCCAGGAUGCAACGCCCUCAAUCAGGUUCCUCUAUUUUCUUGCCUUCAGAACGGUUCAGAGAAAAAAAAGUUGAGAAAUCUAAUUUCUUCAAGUAACAUACCAGAAGUGAAUGAAAGAAAAUCAAACGGAAGUAGUGUUAAUAUUCGAUUUAAGUUUUUUGAAAUCAGUGAUGAUGACUUUUGAUGAUCAUACUUUGAGAGACUGCAGUUAACAACUUAUUAACUGGUUUCAGAAGGCGUGAACAGCUAACUAGAAAUAGAGUUUAUUAGAAAAAAAUUUGAAUUUUUUUACAUCCAAAGUAUACAAAAAUAAAUUAUUUUUUUCUAAAAAUAUUAGUUUACUGAACUCCUGCCGUUCCAUAAGUGCUAACAAACGUCAUUCAGAAGACGUUAACCCGUUUUCAAAGCGUUUUUCCUAGAUUUUCGAAAAGAGUCUGAUCUAUGUCUUAUGUGCUUUUUCAUAAAAUGUAUUUCCCCCAACUUCGUAGUUUCUCUAAUUUUGACCUUUUUGCCAAUUCAAUGUUGGAACUGUUGCAGAUCUUCCACGUCGACUGCUUCAAGUGCAACCGUUGUACGAAGGUCUUGGCGGGGUCUUCUUUCUACAACAUCGACGAUCGUCCGACAUGCGAAGGCUGCUAUCAGGUCUGUUACCGAUCCAUUUCCUAUCGUAUUGAGAAGACCUCAUUCUGUGUGAUAUUCUUGGAGAAUCCUCCUCUGAACAGAGUUUUCCGAAUUGGCGAAAUCCAAGCAGAUUUCGUGGUUCCGAACAAAAGACUGCCGACAUAGCAAUGCUGAGCAGCUCAAACAACAAAAGCAGCGACUCGAAAUAGAAAUAUAUCACGACGAGAAGACGGAUUGUCGGCCGAUUUCUCUUCUGCCUUCGCGCACGACCAAUAACGCACUUUCGGUCUUCUUCUGAGCUUCUUCUUGUGGCUACAGAGUCUCGAUGAUGUCAUUUUUGGAAGUUUUCUAUGCCCUAUUCAAAACUUUCAUCGUCGCAAAAUUUUCCCUUUUUUUCUCCAAAGGAAAAAAAGCGACUAUCCCGCAAUACAACCAUGGAAAAAAAGAAGAAGAAACAUCACUUAAUCGCAAAAGCUUCGCGAAAUACUAAGAGUGGGAUGUUUCAAAAGAUUUGUCGCCCUCAAUAGAGUUUGCUUCUCUCGUCAUUUUUCAGUUUUCUCUUUCUUCCUCUUCGACGUAAACCUUCAAUUGGUUGCGAAGUUUUCAACUCUGGUGCCUUUUUCUAUUGAAAUCCAAUCUAAAGAAAAUUACAGCUUUCGGCACAUGAAAAUAAGAAUAGAACCAAACUUCAUUCGAAGCGAAUAUGUUCAGGGGCCAAAAAACGACCCAUCGCUUAGCGAAUUGAGAAUUCGAAACGAGUUCUCGUUCAAAUUUCCCGUCGCAAAAAGCUAUUCAAGCGGAAUUUCUUCAAAGAAAAAAGUGAAGUUUCAGAGAAAGAGAGUUUAGUCCGUUGAACGCAACGGCAAUCAUUGUGAUUGCUUUCGUUCGAACUUCAGCUUCUUGAUGAUGUUUGAAAAGCAAAAGAAGAUUUUGAGAUGGAUUAGGGAGAUUGCAGGACUCGCUUGAGAAAUGCUCCGGAUGCGGCAGGUCGAUCAGCGACAAACUUCUGCGGGCCUGUGGCGGCACCUAUCACGUCGCCUGCUUCGUCUGCUCGUCGUGCCGAAAGUCGCUCGACGGCGUUCCCUUCACGCUCGACAAGGAGAACAGCGUCCACUGUGUCCCCUGUUUCCACGAGUCGGUAUUUUUUUCCAAGGAUGGGUAAGGAUAGAAUCAGAACUUCGUCGAAUGCCCUAGGAAAAAGUAUUUGCUAAACAUCUUAUAGUUACGAACUUGUAAGAUCGAGCAGUACAUGGAACAAUUUCUCCAAAAACAUUUUCUUGGUGAAACUGGCAGUAUUCAAGAUUUUGUAGCUGCUGCAGUACAUCUUGGUGCAGUAGUCAUGGUAUCAUUUAUUUAGCAAGUAGUAUUUUCUGUUAUCAAGUAACUCAGGUUAUCAUUCGCCGAAAUGACAACUUGAACCGCUUUCACAAACUGUAAAAAAAAAGUCCAAGUUGAAAAAGAAUCGCAAGGAAAAAAACUUAAUUUUCAAAAACCUCACUGGUCAGGCAAUGACGAUUCUAUCAAAGUUCAUAAUCGAAUCGCUUUAGUUAAUCUAAACCUAUUCAGCAAGUUCGCGCCACGGUGCGCGGUUUGCAGCCGGCCUAUAAUUCCGGUGGAAGGAGAGAAGGAAUCGGUUCGCGUCGUGGCGAUGGACAAGUCGUUCCACGUCGACUGCUACCGCUGCGAGGACUGUAACUUGCAGCUUUCGUCGAAGGUUUGCAUCGAGACGAACCUCGGGCUCAGGUCUCUUUCAGCUCGAGGGCCAGGGCUGCUAUCCGCUCGACUCGCACCUCUUCUGCAAGACGUGCAACGGCAACCGUCUCCGGAUGCUCAGCGAGGCGUAG